CUCAGCCCCCCGCCUGCCCCCAUCGGUGCUGCGUGACGUCAUCGGCGUGAGCCGGUCUUGUGAAGUCACACUGCGCGACGCGGGAGAGAUGGAGCACCGGCUGGCGAGGGAAGCCGAGCAUUCAUUGUGUGAUCGCCGUUCUCAAGGAGAGGAAAGAAAAGAGGAGAGGUCCAGCUCGCCGCUGUCCAAGAAGCGACGUGUGGCCAUAUCGGAAACAGAUUCAAGUACGGGUUCAACUACAAGUUCAAGUAGCUCCUCCACAGUUUAUGUGAGCACAGCAGCGGAACUGCCAGCCAACGGAAUGGCUCGAAACAACAGUGAAGCAGAGAUUGAUGAGGGUCUCUAUUCCCGUCAGCUCUACGUCUUGGGCCAUGAGGCGAUGAAGCGAAUGCAAAACGCCAAUGUUCUCAUCUCAGGGAUGGGCGGCCUCGGCAUUGAGAUAGCCAAGAAUAUUAUCUUGGGAGGAGUGAAGUCCGCCACCAUCCAUGACCAAGCAAAUGCUGAAUGGAGGGACCUUUCCUCUCAGUUCUAUCUCCGAGAGGGAGACAUCGGUAAAAACAGAGCAGAGGUUUGUCUUACAAGUCUGGUUGAGCUGAACCGUUAUGUGGCUGUAUCCGCCUCCACCAAGCCCUUGAGUGAUGACUUACUUUCCAGCUUUCAGUUGGUGAUCCUCACAGACUCCACUUUGGAGGAGCAGCUUCGAGUGGGCGACUUCUGUCACAGUCAUGGUAUCAAGUAUAUUGUGGCCGACACUAGGGGCCUUUUUGGACAGCUGUUUUGUGACUUUGGGAAUGACUUUGUUGUGCUGGAUCCUAACGGAGAGCAACCACUGAGCGCCAUGAUUUCAAUGAUAACAAAGGAUAGUAACGGUGUUGUCACCUGUCUGGAUGAGGCUCGUCACGGCUUUGAAAGUGGUGACUUUGUUACCUUUACAGAAAUACAAGGCAUGACAGAGCUGAACAGCUGCAAGCCUGUGGAGAUCAAAGUACUAGGGCCUUACACAUUCAGCAUCUGCGACACAACCGGUUUCUCAGAUUAUGUCCGUGGGGGAAUUGUCAGCCAAGUCAAGAUGCCUAAAAAGUUUGUCUUUAAACCCAUGCGGGAGUCCAUCCAGGAACCAGAGUUUCUUAUCACUGACUUUGCCAAGUUUGACCGCCCGUCCCAAUUGCACCUAGGUUUCCAAGGCCUGCAUGCCUUCCAGAAGAAGCAUGGCCGACUUCCGAAGCCUCGUAAUGAGGCUGAUGCAAAUGAAGUCUUGACUAUUACCAAAGACAUUAAUCAGCACUUAAACGGAUCUGCAAAGCAGGAAGAGCUUAAAGAGGAUCUGCUGAAAAAAUUAUCCUUCCAAGCCAUUGGAAACCUCGCCCCUGUGAAUGCUUUCAUUGGGGGGCUUGCUGCACAGGAGGCCAUGAAGGCACUUUCAGGGAAGUUUAUGCCAGUUAUGCAGUGGUUGUACUUUGAUGCCUUAGAGUGUUUGCCAGACGAAAAAGAUGAUAAUUCCGUAUUGACCGAGGAAAACUGCAGCCUUAAAAACAACCGCUAUGAUGGACAGAUAGCCGUGUUUGGGUCUGAGUUGCAGGAGAAGCUUGGAAAACAGAAAUAUUUCUUGGUCGGUGCUGGUGCCAUCGGUUGUGAGCUGCUGAAAAACUUUGCUAUGAUUGGUUUGGGGGCUGGAGAAGGUGGAGAGAUCACGGUCACUGACAUGGACACCAUAGAAAAGUCUAACCUGAACAGACAAUUCCUCUUUAGAACAUGGGAUGUUACGAAAAUGAAAUCUGAAACUGCAGCGCAGGCAGUCAAACACAUGAAUCCUGACUUGCACAUCACUGCACACCAGAAUCGUGUGGGCCCAGACACAGAGAAAGUUUAUGACGAUGAUUUCUUUGAAGCACUGGAUGGUGUGGCCAAUGCACUUGACAAUGUGGAUGCCAGGAUGUACAUGGACCGUCGUUGUGUCUACUACCGCAAACCGCUUCUGGAGUCUGGAACGUUAGGAACAAAAGGGAACGUCCAAGUUGUCAUACCGUUCAUCACAGAAUCCUACAGCUCAAGUCAGGACCCCCCAGAGAAGUCUAUACCCAUUUGUACCCUGAAGAACUUUCCAAAUGCUAUCGAGCACACAUUACAGUGGGCUCGGGAUGAGUUUGAAGGCCUCUUCAAGCAACCUGGAGACAAUGCCAAUCAAUAUUUAACAGAUCAAAAGUUCAUGGAAAGGACCUUGAAGCUGCCAGGCUCUCAACCGCUUGAGGUGAUCGAAGCUGUUUACAAAAGCUUAGUCACAGACCGGCCUAAGAAUUGGACAGACUGCGUGUCCUGGGCUUUUAAUCAUUGGCACACUCAGUACUCCAAUAACAUUCGUCAGCUGCUGCACAAUUUCCCCCCAGACCAGCUGACCUCAUCUGGUGCUCCUUUCUGGUCCGGCCCCAAAAGAUGUCCCCAUCCUUUAGUUUUUAGUGGAAACAAUUCCUUGCACUUGGAUUACAUCAUGGCAGCUGCUAGCCUCUUGGCAGAGACAUAUGGUGUCAGCCGAUCCAUGGACAGACCUGCUGUGCUAGAGAUUCUAAAAAAUAUGAAAGUGACAGAGUUUACACCCAAAUCCGGGGUCAAAAUUCAUGUGUCGGACCAAGAGAUGCAAAAUGCACAUGCUUCCCUAGAUGACAGUCGUCUGGAGGAGCUGAAAAACGGUCUACCCCUACCAGAAAGUCUUUCUGGGUUCAAAAUGUUUCCUGUUGAAUUUGAAAAGGACGAUGACGCCAACUUCCAUAUGGACUUCAUUGUAGCUGCUUCUAAUCUGCGGGCAGAGAACUACGACAUCCCACCUGCAGAUCGCCACAAGAGCAAAUUGAUAGCAGGGAAGAUCAUCCCAGCCAUUGCUACAACCACAGCCGCAGUGGUGGGCCUGGUGUGUCUAGAGCUCUACAAGAUCAUUCAGGGACACAAGAAGCUGGAAACCUACAAGAAUGGAUUCAUGAACCUGGCUUUGCCUUUCUUUGGCUUCUCUGAGCCCAUCGCUGCCCCUAGGCACAAGUACUACGAGCAUGAGUGGACUUUGUGGGACAGGUUUGAGGUGAAAGGCAUUCAAGACAAUGGGGAGGAAAUGACACUGAAGCAGUUCCUGGACUAUUUUAAGAAUGAACACAAGCUUGAAAUCACAAUGUUGUCCCAGGGGGUCUCCAUGCUCUACUCGUUCUUCAUGCAAGCUGCCAAGCUAAAGGAGCGUCUCAAGCUACCGAUGACUGAAAUUGUGACUAAAGUGUCAAAGAAGAAGAUUGGGAAACACGUUAAAGCUCUGGUGUUCGAACUGUGCUGUAAUGAUGAUCUUGGAGAAGAUGUGGAGGUCCCUUACGUGCGUUACACCAUCCGCUGAACAGAGAAGACUGGUUCUUAUGCAUACAUCGGGGGAUUUGAGGCAGCAUGGAAAAAGGGCACACUACCCCAUUACCCCCUCUAGGAGUGCCCAUUUUAGGCUUGGUCUGCUUCCUCUUGAUGUACCCAAAUUCAUUGGCCCAAGAAGCGCCAGCCUGCAACACAUUCUGUUCCAUGUCCUUGUCUCGUUAACUUGUUUCAUUAUCUUGUUUUGUUAGCUGUUUAGUGCACACAUUUGCUUAGUGUUUCUAAACCCAAGACUUUUAGUUCUGGAUGGAGUGGGGAAUGGUUAGAACCUUUUUGUCAUGU